UUUUUUUUUUUUUAUAAUUAAUAGAAAAAACAAAUGAAUCAAGAUCCAAAGGAACAGCAACAAGAGUCAAGUCAAGAAGACCAAAAGCAAAAAGAGCAGUCAACGUCACCAAAAGAAGAAGAGCAACAAGAACAGCCAACGACAUCAGGCAAUCUUGAACAAUCAACCAAUGAUGUCUUAACUGCUGCUGCCUCACAACUUCAACAAUUGACACCUGAAGAGACUCAAGCACUCAUUCAUGCUACUGCCCAAGCUAUGGGUGUAUCAAAUAAUUAUCAGCAACUAUUCUCUACUAUAGACUCAACAAACGUGGUCUUGGCUGCUUCUAUCGUAGCUGCUGCUGCUGCUGCUUCUGCCACAAAUAACAAUAAUAACAGUAACUUAGAGGCUUCAAAAGAAACAACAACCAGUGCACCCAUAGCAACAUCAUCCGGAACGUCGUCGUCAACAACGACAAGUAAUAAACGUAAAAGAGAACCUAUCGAUCUCAGUACAUUACCUGCAGACUUGUUGAAACGUGAGCUCAUGAACCAAAAGGUGAGAGCAGAUAACAGAGAACGAAAAAAGCGUUGGAGACAGCAAAAUGAAGAGAGAAAUAAAGAUAAUGACUUACGCUGUCGCGUGAAUAAACGAGCACAUAAAUUAUUUGGAAAAGAAGACAACGAACAUAAGCGAGCUUGGAUCGAAGAAGAGUUUCGAAAAAGACAACAAAAGCGAAAGGAAAAAGAGAGAAGGAAAGGUGUGAUUGAUAAUUCCUUGGGUGCUGUCCAAAAUCAUAACGUCUCUCAUCCACCACCAACUCAGUCAUUCAUGUCACCUCAGCAACAGUUAGAUAUCAACUAUUUAAUGAUGCUUUGUAAUAGUCUUGGUAUUCCUGGUGCUGCUCGUGCGUUAAUAGGCAAUGCCACCGCUAGCACUACAACUACAUCAACAAACAAUACGGAUACAGUGGCAGAUAACGUGUUGCAAGAACAGAGAAACGAGAAACGAGAAGAGUCUACAGACAGCACAGAUUCAAUGGAACAAAAGAACACAGGGUCAAUAAUACCAACAGUAGAUACUGCGAAUGAUAACAGCAGCAGUAAUAAGAAUAAUGAUAGUAGCAGUAGUAAUAAUAAUAACAACAAUGAUAAUCAUACCACAGAAGAAAACAAGGAUCAACACAAGCCGAUCAAUUCAUCUCUACAGCUGCUUGAAUUUCUACAUCAUAUACAGCAAUACCACCCCCAACAGCAGCAAUCGUCGUCCUCGUCGCAUAUCGAAAACAACCCUUCUUCAUCAUCCAACAAUGAACUAGCCGCUUUACCUACAUUUCCCAACAUGGAUAGCACGAACAAACCUGAAGAAAAGCUGGCUGCUUUACUAGCUUCGACCCUAGCCGCCGCUGCUGCUGCAUCCAACAAGGAGGAAGGAUCAGAGCGACCUGCUACAGAACAUACCGAAUUUCCUUUAGAUGCAGUUUUGACACUUAUGCAAUUAAACGCUGGCUGGAGGCAGUAGCAUCAUAUUUUUAAUAAAGAAAAAUUCCUUACCCCCUUCACUCUUUCUCUUUCUUUUUAUCUUUUUAUGUGAGAAGGGGAAAGAAUGCUGAUAGAUAUUUUAUUGUGUAUUGCUGAUUACCUAAACCAUGAAGAUCUACUGACACUUUCGCUGAUCUAUCCUGUAUUGUACUAUGACGAAUCGUUUUGGAAAGCAAGAUGCCGCAACGAUUACAACGUGACGUACAAUGAUCCGAGCUUGACGUAUCGAGAGCUGUACAAGGCAUGUGUUGUUAA